AUGCACGACCUUAAACCCCUCCAACUGCCCAAGCUUGUCGCAGCUCGCAAGUCUUCCAAAAGCUCACUCAACAUGUACGACGAUCCGACCUCAUCGAUUUAUUCCAAUGCCGACUCGGGUUUCUACUCGGCUUCGGAAUGCUCGACACCGCCAACGCCAGGUCAAUACACGCGAGGUCACUUUCGCUUCCCUAGCUCGGCUUCGUCAUUGUCAUCGAGCCCACCGACCUACGAGUCUACUGAGCCUCCCAACAGCUCAGGCAAGCUCCCCAAGCUUACUGAAGAGCCUUUUGAGCGCGAAUACGACUACGGUAGUGAAGACCCGUACCGCUGCUCUUGCGACGUCGGAGGCACCUAUGACCACGCCCAAGACUGUAGGAUAUCUAGAGCGUACGAGCCUCAGGGUGAGUACUUCACCACUUGCGACUCGGAACUGCGACUAGCAAAGCGACGACGAUCCUUGGAGGCAUCUGCGUACAGCAUCGCCGGCAAGCUUGAGAGGCGCUUUCCCUCAUUGUCGCGCAAAGUACGUGACCGCAGCUCGACCCUCAGCAAAGUUUCACGCAGCGCGACUCCCUCAAGAGUUCCUUCUACCCGAUCCUCAUCGCUCGCUGGCUCUAUUCACCAUGUCUCGACCGUCGAUCUCCCAGAAGACUACGUGUCGCCAACCUCUACGCCAGCCCUCGCAAGCAGGGAACAACUGAGUGACGACGCACCUACGCCAAUGGCCAUCGACGUCAACAAGGCCAAUGCCAUGGAAAUCGACCCUGCGGAAGUGGAACGGGAGCGCUAUGCCACGACGCCACUAUUACCACCAUUGCUUGUGAACUGCCGCAACAAUGACCUACCAGCGUCGUCGCCUCUGCAGUCGCCAGCAGUGGCAGACGCGACCCCAGCCGGCACCCCACCAAUGCGCACUUACCCUACGCCUCCUCUCUCUUCAAAAACAUCAUUUGCGUCGAUCAGAGCACCAAAUGCCGGGUACAUGGUACCAUCAUCCGACAUACCCCCUCUCAUGCUUGCCAACCCACAGGACAAGUGGGCUAUGGAAUUGGGCCAUGCCAACUUCACCAUCCUGCCGGAGCCCUAUGUCCCUGAGGUCUGCACUGCGGCGUCCAUCGAAGAACACCUUGCCGAAUGGGCGCAAGCGCGGCGCAACUACGCAAAGCACCAAGUGCGAACCGCCGAACACUACGGAGUGACAUCGAGGCACUAUCUUCUUACCGAGCAAAAGUGGGCUGAAAUCGACGCCCAAUGGAAGAAGAAUUAUGAUCUGGCCAAGUCACAUGCAGCUGCCAUCGGUCAGGAGCUCGCCCCAAGCUCACCCACAGAGCCAGGACCCCUUAGCAAGAUGCCAACACUACAUGACCCCAAGAGUGAGGGCAAGUUCCCCAAGCUCGGCGACGAGGACAUUGUUGGUCCCAUGCAACAGGCGGCCGCAUUACUACCGAAAACACCUUCGCGCAAGCGUGCCUUUUUCAAAUUCCUUAGCGACCUACGGUUCCCUGGAACCUUUCGCGGCCGCUCAUCGGGUGGCGUCCGGGGCCACUAG